CCUGAUUCUCACCUUUGUCUCCAGCUGCCCCAGCUUCAGGUAAUAAUGGAUGUUUUUUGGACGCUCCCCCCGGUCUCAAGGACCAUUACAGCGGCGUCCGUCGUCGUUUCGGCUCUGGGAUAUGGCGGUCUUGUGAACCUCUACCACUUCAUCUUCGUCAGCCACUAUGUCUUCACGAUCAAGAUGUUUCCGCCGCAGAUCUGGCGUCUCUUCACGGCGUUUCUAAUUACGAAACCGAAGUUCGCUAUCCUGCUUGACCCAUACUUCUUAUACCAGUACGGCAGCGCCAUCGAGCGCGAGUCGAGCCGCUUCGCCCAACCUGGCGACUUUUUUAUGUAUACCAUGUUUGUGGGCAGCGUCAUUGUCGCAACGGCAGGCUGCUUUUUGAACACAUAUACGUUUCUUCCCUCGCUGUCCCUCGCCUACGCAUACACCUUUGGCCAGGACAACCCUACGCGCUCGGUCCAGUUCUUCAUCAUCAACUUUGACGCAAAGUAUCUGCCCUUCGCCAUGCUCUUCCUCACUUUUGUCACCGACGGUCCUGAAGCUGCUGCUUCUCAAUUGACUGGCAUCAUUGCCGCGCAUCUCUACGACUUCCUCACAAGGAUCUGGCCUACGUUUGGCGGUGGAACCAACUACAUCCGCACUCCUCAGAUGGUCAAGCGUUGGUUCAGCGCAACACCGGGCAGUGUCCAGAACAGGGGAUAUGGUCAUGUAGUUGAAGGACGUGGAAGGACGGCGGGUGCGCCUGGAAGCGGUGCACAGCCAAGUACAGGCAGGACUACUGGCGCAAACCCUUGGAGUGGAAUGGGACCUGGUCGCAGGCUUGGAGGGUAAAUUCAUAAGCCGGAAAUGCUUUAUACGCCCAUUUUAAGUAUUGUCAUCCAGAUAUGGUUGAGCAAUUCGAGUAACUGCAUUAGGAGUAGCAUUUGUAAUUGUACGGUCUAAUGAAGAGUGUAUCUACGGUUCUUUUAUUGUCGCGUUGUAACUCGACUGAAGCAUGAUGAGGGUUCGACGGAUACACAGAGCCCUGCUGUGUACGACGAGAAUAGCCAUACUCUCCACGACGAACAGCAUACCCUAUCGCAGAAGAGGUAUACGCACAACAUCUCCCAAAAUGCAUUCUCGAACCAAACAAAAACAACUUCAUAACUCUCUC